GGGGGAAACGUGAGGAAUGGCUGAAAACUGACGGCGCUCUCCUGCAAGGAAACAAACCAGGACAAAAAAUACCGUCUUGUGCGUUUCCAGCUCGUGUCGGCUCAGGCGUUUAUCGACGCAUUACCACGUAUUGCGCAUAGUUAUGUUCGCUAUUUAAUGGGACAGCGAAAACGCAAAAAAAAAAAAAAAAAAAAAAAAAAAAAAAACCUCCCCCGCCCCCCCCCGCAAGGUAGGCUGCCGCUUCUGUCGCCAACAGAGCUACUUUAUGGACUAAUACGACAUAAACAGGGCUGGGAAAUGUUUCACAGCAAGGUAACGAGCUCGUCCUCGAUGGCCGUGUGAGGCUUUUAAGCUAGCUAUGCGCUCAUGUUCGCGUUUUUGGUCGGACUUGUGAGCAUGCGUUUGUUGUGGGGACGUUGAGAUCGGGUUUUAAAACAGCGACGGUUGGGCUUCAUCCCUCCUUCAUGCCUCAACCGUCCCGACCACAUGAGAAGUCGACGUCCGGGGUAGAAUAAACCGCAAACAAAGGCCCCCUUCUUCUUCCUCACCUCUUCCACCUGAACCGACGGGGAAUCGGGGGGGAAAAAACCCCCAAACAAAAACAUGCGUGUGGAUUUGCUUUGGAUAUGUUUGUGGUGCUUCGUUCGUCCAAGCGCCUCCGGUCAAGGGCAGUCGACGGCCGUGUGUUCGCCCUCAUGCAGCUGCGAUGAAGAUGGGGGAGCGGACUGCUCGGGCAGAGGACUGACCACCGUCCCGACUGAGCUCAGCACGUUCACCUACUACCUUGACCUGAGUAUGAACAACAUCACUGAGCUUCCAGCAAAUGUAUUUAAGAAGUUCCCCUACCUAGAAGAACUACGACUUGCUGGGAAUGACCUGACAUUCAUCCACCCUGACGCCCUGUCUGGUCUGCAUCAGCUCAAAGUCCUGAUGUUGCAAAAUAAUCAACUUAAAUCUGUCCCCAAUGCAGCAUUGAAAAACCUUCACUCUCUCCAGUCUCUCCGCCUGGAUGCCAACCACAUUACAACUGUUCCUGACGACAGCUUCGAAGGUCUCCAACAGUUGCGGCACCUGUGGCUGGACGACAAUCACCUGACAGAAGUCCCUGUCAGUUCCUUGAGACACCAGUCAAAUCUUCAAGCUCUGACUCUGGCUCUCAAUCGGAUCUUGUAUAUACCAGACAACGCCUUCGGAAACCUGACUAGUCUAGUUGUGCUGCAUCUUCAUAACAACCGAAUUACCGAGAUAGGAGCCAACUGUUUUGUUGGAUUGGUGAACCUGGAGACGCUAGAUCUUAAUUUUAACAACUUGAAGGAGUUUCCAAAAGCAAUAGAGACCUUGCCCAAACUGAAAGAACUUGGGUUUCACAGCAAUGAUAUUGCUGCCAUUCCAGAAAGGGCAUUUCAUAACAACCCCAUGCUGCGAACCAUACACUUUUAUGACAACCCUCUGUCAUUUGUGGGAGCUUCGGCUUUCCAAAAUCUCUCUGACCUGCGCUCUCUAAUGUUGCGUGGUGCCAGUUUGAUGAAGGACUUCCCCAUCCUCACCUGGACUAACAAUCUAGAUAGUCUGACCCUCUCAGGUACCAAGAUAUCAUCCAUACCUGCUGAUCUGUGUGAAGAUCUCAAAUUCCUUCAGACACUUGACCUCUCCUACAAUGAGGUGAAGCAGUUACCAUCCUUCCAGAGUUGCAGCCGGCUGCAGGAGAUAAGCUUCCAGCACAAUCACAUUCAACAAAUUGACAGAGAUACUUUUCAAGGUCUCUCAGCGCUCCGUUUGCUAGACCUGAGUAGAAACGAAAUUCGAGUUAUCCACAAAGAUGCUUUCCUCAGUCUUACUGGACUCACCAAUUUAGAUCUGAGUAUGAACUCCCUGUCUGUAAUUCCGACAACUGGUCUGAGCGGCGUCAUUCAGCUGAAACUUUCAGGAAACCCAAAGAUGAAAAAUGUCCUUCCUGCAAAAAGCCUGCCAAAACUCAGGUCCAUCUCUGUCUCUUACGCCUACCAAUGCUGCGCGUUUAUUGGAUGCGACUCGGUGACGAGGUCUUCUGAGCAAACGGACAUGAAGAAAUCCACAGGUAUAGAAGAUGGUGAGCAGGUCUCAAUGUUAAUGCACUGUUCACCUUCACCAGGAGCCUUCAAGCCUUGUGAGCACCUCUUAGGGAACUGGAUGAUUCGUCUGACAGUGUGGUUCAUCUGCCUGGUGUCGCUGGUCUUCAACAGCCUGGUGCUGGUGACCACCUUCUCGCCUGCUCACCAAGCCGCUGGUUAUUCCCACUACCUGACUCCAUCUUUGUCACCAGCCAGGCUGCUAAUGGGUUUGCUGGCCCUGGCCAAUCUGCUCACUGGCCUGUAUGUCGGCAUUCUGACCGUGCUCGAUGCGGCAACGUGGGGAUCCUUCGCCGAGUUCGGCGCGUGGUGGGAGAUGGGUCCCGGCUGUCAGAUCACCGGAGCUCUUGCUGUGUUCUCUUCGGAGUGGUCGGUGCUGCUGCUGGCGCUGGCCGCCGUGGAGCGCAGCAUGGCGGUUCGGAUGAUCCUAGGAAAAGUGCUGAUGUCGCCCAGGAGGAAUGGCAGCAGCCAUCGCAGGUGUUUUAGAGGCUACCAAUGCUUUGGCCUGGCUGCGGGGCUGCUGGGGCUGCUGGCGGCGGCCGGAGCAUGUCUGCCUCUUCUGACCUUCAGUGACCAGUCAUCUUCUCCUCUCUGCCUGCCGUUCGCUGGUGGUGAGAGUCCGGCUCUCAGUGUCACCGUCACUCUGGUCCUGCUCAACGCCCUGGCUUAUCUCUUCACGGCUGCAGUUUACACCCAGCUCUACUGCCACCUCGGCAGGGUGGAGCUGGCGGACCCAGAGCAGACCGGCGCCCUCCGUCAUGUCGCCUGGCUCAUCUUCACCAACUGCAUUUUCUUCUGUCCCGUCGCAGCUUUUUCCUUCGCCCCUCUCCUGACCGGCUCUACAGCUGGUGGCCCGGAAAUUGCCAAGUCCGUCACCCUCAUUUUCUUCCCCCUCCCCGCGUGCCUGAACCCGGUGUUGUAUGUGUUUUUCAGCCCAGCUUUCAGAGAGGACUGGUUAAGGCUGCGCGGUCACAUGGGUUUGACACAAGAGGCGAAGGCCGGCACUGAAAGUGGCUGCGACGAUGGCGGUGGAGGGUCUGAGCUCACAGACGAGGGAUCCUUCUCCCACCUGGGCUUUGACUGUGGUGUGUACUCUCAGCUUUGUGGAGAGACUGUGUGCGAACAGUGCGAGGCAGUCCUGCGUGCCCGGACCUGCUCUUCCCCCUCAGCCUCCUCGGUCUGCAGACAUUUUGUGAAGUCUCACAGCUGUCCCACCCUUCUGGCUGGAGCCGCGAUAUGCCAGCGCUCCGAGGGGUUCUGGGCAGACAGCGGCACGCCUUCCGCUCAGUCCGAAUACGCUGACGAGGGGGACUCUUUUGUUUCAGACAGUUCAGACCAGGUUCAAGCCUGCGGCAGAGCCUGCUUCUGCCAAAGCAGAGGACUUCCUCUUGUACACUACUCAUACAACAUACCUCGAGUCAAAGACUAAGGAUGCCUCAGUGCUCCAGUACGUCAGUGUGCACAGAUAUGUCCGUCAUGUGAAUUUAGAUUCGUCAUGAUUAUGUAAUUUUAUAUAUAAAUAUAUAUGUCAGAUACAUAUAUAUGUCAGAACAGAAAAUGUGCCAACUACCUUUGCAAUUCAUCAAGCACUUAUGUUUCUAAUUACUGUUAGCAAAGAUGCAACCAAUCAUUGAAAGGGAAUUUCCAGCUGAGAGAUCAUUUCUAGAUUAAAUGAACUGAGUACUUCGUGUUACAAACUGCUCAACUAAACAAAAUCUGACCACCGGUGCCUGCCUGCCUCUUGCGAUCAACUGACAUGACGAUGACAACGACGCAAGCUAAAGGGGGUCAAAGAUGUAAUGAUUUUUUUUUUUUAUGUGUUCUGUACUGAUAAGCUUUGUUAAUGUAUCGUGCAUCAAAUUUUAACAUGUUUCCACAGCAAGUUUAUUUUUUUUAAUUUGAUGAUUUUAUAUAUAAAUGUAGCAAAUGUAAUAAUCAUUGUUAGAUUUUUUUAAGGGUUUUCUUGUGUGUAUGUGUGAAUGUUUAAGGUGAUCCAGGGUUCCGACACGUUUUCCAGGUCAAGAUGAGAUUGGAGAAAUAAAAUAAGAAAAGUAAUUGUGUUUUCAGACUUCUCUUUCCCAUUUUCUAAACAUUGCGCUCUUUCUUAUAUCCUUCCCACUUUGUGUCCAUCUUUUCUUCCUUGUGUCAUUUCCUUCCCUAUACACUUAUGUCCUUCAGUCUCUGUCUUUACUUUUUAUUUCCUGUCUGUCCUCCUUAUUUUCUUGUUUUCUUCUUCCUCAUAUUGUCUUUUACCCCCCUUCUUUUCUUCCUUAUGUCCUUCCUUUAUUGUCACCUUAUGACCUUCUCCUUUCCUCCUUUGUCUCUUUUUUCCUCCGUUUCCCUUUUUUUUCAGUGAACUUCAAUAUUACAUAUGAAAGAACGCUGGAAAGUCGAGUCAUGAAAAGUAUGAAACUCUAAAACGGUGGGUGUGUUGGAACCCUGGUGACGUUCACCUUGUGAGGGUUGAAUGAUUUAGCAUCGAUAACUACUAGCCAAUGAGCACGUGAUUGUCACACACCGGCGCAGGAAUGGUGGAGGUCAGUCUGUAAGAAAAAAAAAAAAAGUAUUUUGCUUUAACCUCCUCAUACUAAGAAUGUGAUAAAAGUAGCAGAUAUCACUGUUUCAACAACUGUGUGUGAUCGCUUUGACACGUGUUAUUUAUUGUUUAAGCAGACAGUAGUGUUUGGGUAGAGGCGGAUUUGUGGCAGCCUCUUUAUAAUCCAAGUAUUCACCAAAACAGCGCCUCUCUUUUUAUUCCUUUCUUUCAUUAGGUCAAAUUAGGAAAAUCUCACCUUCUUUAAGCCUUUGAACUUUUUCCCCUGGUUUUGUCAUCCUUUCUUUUUUUUGUUUUGUGUUUCCAGACGAUGUAAUGAAUAGUGUUGCUUUGACUGUAUCUUCUAUCUAUUUUGAACCUCGUUAAAUAAUCCUUGCCAGUUGUGGUACAAUUCAGUUUAAUUAAGUCUCCAUUCAACUUAAACUCACGAAUGAGUUUAACUUUCUGUGCUGGUUAACGACUGGCAACUAGCUAAUUCAACGAGAAGGUAUGGAAAACUACUCCACAUAAAACAGAAUGAACCUACAUAUAUCCACAUUUUUUGUGGCUUGAAAUGUAUACAUUAUGGUAAAAAAAUGGUAAAAUAUGGUAUGAGAUGACAUAUUUAUUCUCCUGUCAAGUUCCAUUAUCGGUGAUUUCUUACUGUAUCCUUAAUUAGUUUUUUAUGUAUGUGACAAAAAGAGCAUUAUUGUAUUACAAAGUGAAUAAAUGUAGAUGUCUUUUCAUCCUGACCUGGUUGAGCCCGGGCGUGACAGAGUCUGACGGAUGUUUAGUGUGCUCAAGCAUGACUGCACGCAUUGAGGUGGUUACACCCUCGGAGCAUGUAUCCACAAGCGCACGCCAUGUGAGUGCUCAGGAAUUCAGGCAAUGUAGGGAACUGCUCUCCUCCAGCACCGAGACGUUCUCAUGUCUUCUUUCGGCUCCAGUCUGUGUUGAAUUUGAUUAUUAAAGUCACAUCAAGACACGACGCAUCGAUUCUCGCAUCAACCAAAAUGUCUGGUUUGGUUUUGCCAUCUGAUCUCCUGUCUACUGAAAAUGUACGAAUUUUUCAGUGGUUUAUUUUAUAUAUAUAUAUAUUUUUAAUGUAAAUUAUUUGAAAAGGAAACUCAAGAAUGGGAUGCUUGCUAAGGAAGCUACCUCUUCGGUUGUUGAGGCUGCCAGCAGUGCUUUGUAAAAGAGAGUCUGUUUUUAUUUUUCACUGUUUGCAUCCUCAGCUUUAUGAUGUUAACCUUGGCUGUGCAUCAUUUUAGUAAUGUACAAGUUGUGGGAGGAAUCUAUGUACUGUAUACUGUGAUUUAUUUUUAUUUUUUCCUGUUUCUUAACCAAAUCCUAAAUGACUUCUUUUUUUUUCUCUCAUAAAUACAAAAUUACAAAAUACAUAUUAGCUGAAAUAUUUUACAUUAUUUCUGUUUAAUUUGAAUCUUACUUGCAGUUUUGUGUCAAAUCUCCCUGUGUCUUUUUUCUUUUCAAAUAGGUAAAUGAAUUCUUUAAAUUGUGAAUGAAUAAAAUUGGAAAAAACAAAACAUGAA